UUACGUGUCAAACCAGCAUUGAUGCUCUCCUAAAUCAUUUUUAAACAAACACCCGUCGCAUGUGUAAAUUAAAGAAACCACUCCCAGUCUCACAUCCUUGAUCUUCUUGAUUGAUCACUCCAUCAUCUCAUCUCUUUCGAUAAUAACGCAACCGUCAUUCACCCCUUCCCUGCGUUCACCCUCACCCAAAUCAAACCGCUCACUCUUUUUUUUUUGUUUUCCUUCUAUAUAGUAAAUAAAUAGAGUAAAAUAAAUACAAACGCAUUCUUUCUGGUGCGUGGGUGGGUGGGUGGGGUUGUAGAAUUGUAGAAAUUAGUAAGCGAACCCUGACAGGGACGGAGGAGAUGUGAUGUGAUACGGUGAUGAGAGAUGGCGAGGGACGGGUACGUGGUGCCGGCGGACCCUCUGGCGGUGGCUGCCGUCAAGAAGAAGACGCAUCCUGCCAGGAGUUGGAUUCUCGUCGACGCUACCGGACAAGGAACCAUUCUCGAUGCGGACAAACACGCUAUCAUGAAUCGAGUUCAGAUUCACGCCCGCGAUCUCCGAAUUUUAGACCCUCUCUUGUCUUAUCCCUCCACCAUUCUCGGUCGUGAGGGGGCCAUCGUCUUGAACUUGGAGCAUAUCAAGGCAAUUAUUACUUCCGAGGAGGUAUUGCUUCGAGACCCUUUGGAUGAAAAUGUUAUUCCUGUUGUCGAGGAACUUCAAAGGCGAUUGCCUCCUUCAAGUGUAUUUCGUCAAGGUCAAGGAGAUGGGAAAGAAUACCCUGGUGGACAGCAGGAUGUUGAAGCUGGCGAAGAGGAUGAGUCUCCAUUUGAAUUCCGUGCCUUGGAGGUAGCCCUCGAAGCCAUUUGUAGUUUUCUAGCUGCACGUACAACAGAGCUGGAGACUGCUGCUUAUCCUGCUUUAGAUGAGCUCACCUCCAAAAUUAGUAGCCGAAAUUUGGAUAGAGUUCGUAAAUUGAAGAGUGCAAUGACGAGGCUGACUGCUCGGGUACAAAAGGUGCGAGAUGAACUUGAGCAGUUACUGGAUGAUGAUGAUGAUAUGGCUGACCUUUACCUAUCAAGAAAGCUGGCUGGCGCAUCUUCACCAGUAAGUAUAUCUGGCGGUGCAAAUUGGUUUCCCGCUUCCCCAACAAUAGGUUCAAAAAUUUCUAGAGCAAGUAGAGCAAGUGUGGCAACAAUUCGUGGAGACGAGAAUGAUGUUGAGGAGCUUGAAAUGUUAUUAGAGGCUUACUUUAUGCAAAUUGAUAGCUCAUUGAACAAAUUGACAACGUUGCGAGAGUACAUUGAUGACACAGAGGAUUACAUUAAUAUUCAGCUUGACAAUCAUCGAAAUCAGCUGAUUCAGUUAGAGCUCUUUCUGAGUUCAGGGACUGUUUGUUUAUCCAUAUAUUCCUUGGUGGCUGGAAUAUUUGGCAUGAACAUCCCAUAUACAUGGAAUGACAAUCAUGGUUACAUGUUUAAAUGGGUGGUAAUUGUCACAGGUGUAUUCUGUGCUUCUUUGUUCAUAGUUCUAAUGACAUACGCUCGCCACAAGGGUUUGGUUGGAUCUUGAACGGUCCCAUGUUCUCUAAGGGAAUGUCUUGAGAUUCUAUACAGAGGGUCGAGUUUCUCUCUACCUCCCUCUUCACUCCCAUAUGCAUCUCUGUUGAGACCGAGAUUUGGUAAAGCAGUUCAGCCCGCAGACCAUGGCAAAAUCUUAUAAUUUGUCAAAUCCUUGAUCAAAGGCAUCCGAAGCGGAAAUUGUAAAACCGCAUGCAGAUUUUUUAGAUACACGUUUUAAUUAUUUUUUGCCCGUGAUAGUAAAUCUUAAUUUUUUAAAAUUGCAUACAGUAUUUUACUUAUUAAGAUGUAAUCAUUGCCAUAAUUUUACAUAUCUAUACAUGUUUUUAUAUGAUUGA